AUGUCAGACCAUCGUCUCCGUGUAGUCACCCUCAAUUGCUGGGGUCUGAAAUACGUCUCCAAGCAUAGGAAAGAACGCAUUGCUGCCAUCGCAGAUGUGCUAGCUUCAUCUGACUACGAUGUCGUAAUCCUACAAGAAAUAUGGGUGUACAGCGACUACGAGUAUGUCCGCUCGGCGGUCUCCAAGAAUAUACCAUACUCGAAGUUCUUCUAUAGCGGAGCUUUGGGAGCAGGUCUCGCCAUAUUCUCCCGCUUCCCGAUAAUUGGUGCCACCAUCCAUCCGUACUCUCUGAAUGGCUCUCCCAUCGAAGUAAUCCAGGGAGAUUGGUUUGUCGGCAAAGCCGCCGCCAGUGUACUCCUCUCCCAUCCCAUCCUGGGUCAGGUUCAGAUAUUCAACACCCAUCUCUUCGCUCCUGGCGGUGACUCCGGUCCCAGCCAUCUCCAAGCUCACCGUCUAGUGAACGCUUGGGAAUUCGCCAAACUCGUGCGGCAGGCCGCAGAGGCUGGUCGGUAUGUCAUCGCCGCGGGCGACUUCAACAGCACGCCGUCCUCGCUGCCCAUGACUAUCAUCCGGGACCAUGCCGCGGUCAAGGACGCCUGGGUCGCCUCCCAUCCGAACACGCCGCCGACCAUGCAGCCGUCCCCGCGCGAUGCGGUGCACGACCACGGCAUCACCGCGGAUUCACCGCUGAACUCGUUCUCCGUGGGCAAGAGGCUCGAGCCCAUCGCGCGCAAGUUCCAUGGGAAGAGGCUGGACUAUAUCCUGUAUCGCCAACCUAGUAAUAACAAUGGAAAGGCUCCCACGCUGAAGUGCAUGGAUACUCGCGUCGUCUUCACAGAACUGGUGCCGGGCAGAGACUUCUCGUUCUCGGACCACUUUGGAGUGGAGGCGACCUUCGAGAUCACGCCCGUGAACGACGACUCACAAGACGACUCACCCGACCCGCCCAGUCCAUAUGCAAACCAUUCUGCCGACUCCUCGGCACCCUCCGUCGUUCUCAUUGCUACCGCCAACCCCUCAUCCAUCCCCGCCGACGCGCUCUCCACCGACUCUAUCACGGAAGUCCUGCACUCGCUCAUGGCGUGCUACCGCUUCUCGAUCUAUCGCGCGCGCUCGCAGCUCACCGUCUUCGGGGUGUGCAUUAUGCUCCUGCUCGUCAUUCUCGUCGGUUCGCCGUGGCUCCCGCCCUCGUGGCUCAACACUUUCGUCAUCUUCCUCACUAUCUUCCUCGCAUGGCUUGCGACGACGUUCCUCUAUGUCGGUUUCGUGUACGGUCGCUGGGAGGUCAACGCGCUCACAAACGUGAUCGAAGAGCUGGAGAUCUAUCGGAACAGUCUGCUGGACCAGCAGAGUCGCCUGCAGGCGAACGCAAGAGGAUGA